GCUGGGUUAGGGCGGCUGCAGCAGCAUGGCGGUUCCGGAGAAGGAGCAGAGCUGGAUUCCCAGGAUCUUCAAGAAGAAGACCUGUACCACUUUCAUCGUUGACCUCGCAGAUCCGGGAGGGACCCUUUGCCAGUGUGGGCACCCCCGAAACACACACCCGUCAGUGGCUGUGGAGGACGCGUUCGGGGCAGCUGUGGUGACAGAGUGGGAUGGUGACGCGCAUACCACCGAGAAGCCCACCGAUGCCUACGGGGACCUGGAUUUCCUGUACGCCGGCCGCAAGGCCAGUAAUUUCCUCCGUCUCUCUGACCGCACGGACCCAGCAGCGGCCUAUAAUCUGGUCACGAGCACCUGGGGCUUCCGUCCCCCGAACCUGGUGGUGUCGGUGCUGGGGGGCUCCGGGGACCCAGUUCUCCAGACCUGGCUGCAGGACCUGCUGCGUCGCGGGCUGGUGCGGGCUGCCCAGAGCACAGGCGCCUGGAUUGUCACAGGUGGGCUGCACCAGGGCAUCGGGCGGCAUGUUGGCGUGGCCGUGCGAGACCACCAGACGGCCAGCACUGGGGGGAGCAAGGUGAUAGCCAUGGGCGUGGCCCCAUGGGGAGUGGUCCGGAACAGAGACACCCUUGUCAAUGCCAAGGUGGGACCAAGGGGCUGGAGGACUGGAAUUGACAUUCCUGUGCUCCUCCUCCUGAUUGAUGGUGACGAGAAGAUGCUGAAGAGGAUAGAAAAUGCCACCCAGGCUCAGCUCCCCUGUCUCCUGGUGGCCGGGUCUGGGGGUGCUGCAGACUGCCUGGCUGAGAUGCUGGAGGACACGUUGGCUUUAGGAAGCGGGGCAUCCAGGCGGGGUGAAGCUCAGGAUCGGAUUAGGCGUUUCUUUCCCAAAGGGAACCCUGAGGUGCUGCAGGCUCAGAUGGAGAGGAUCAUGACCCGGAAGGAGCUACUGACCGUCUAUUCGCUGGAGGACGGCCCCGAGGAAUUUGAGACCAUUGUUUUGAAGGCCCUUGUCAAGGCCUUUGCAGGGUCUGCGGAGGCCCCUCCCCCUAACGUAGGGCACGUGCUGAAGCUGCUGCUGGGGGAAAUGUGCGCGCCCAGGUACAGCGCCUUGGAUGUCCACUCUGGCCGCGACUGCCGAGAGAGUAUGUGCCUGCUCUCAGCCAGGGCAACCUCUGACCUCAGGCUGGACGCUCUCCUUGGGCAGGGCCCCUGGAGUGACCUGCUGCUCUGGGCCCUGCUCUUAAACAGGGCUCAGAUGGCCAUGUACUUCUGGGAGAUGGUGAGUUCCGACGGGCGCCUUCCUCUCACGUCCCCUCAACAACACAAAACAAAAAACCACCCAAACUCACUGGGGAUGAUCCUGGCUGUUCAUCUUGCUCACGCCCCACAGUCUCUGCUGACACAGAAGUGGUGGGGAGAGAUGGACGGUACCACGCCUGUCUGGGCCCUGGUUCUCACCUUCUUCUGCCCCCCACUCCUCUACACCAACCUCAUCACCUUCAGGACGUCCAAGGAGGAGCCCACACCGAAGGACCUGGAAUUUGACACGGAUAAGGGCAUUAAUGGGGAAGCACCUGCCAGGCCGGCAGACCCUGCAGAGAAGACUCCGCUGGGGGUGUCAAGGCAGCCUAGGCUCCAAGGCUGCUGCAGGGGGCGCAGCUGCUGUGGGGGGCAUGGCUGGCGCCACUGCCUGCGCCUCUGGUCCCACUUCUGGGGCGCGCCCGUGACGGCCUUCAUGGGCAACGUGGUCAGCUACCUGCUCUUCCUGCUGCUCUUCGCCCGCGUGCUGCUCAUUGACUUCCAC